UGAUGUUAGCAGGUUAGCGUAAGAUACCCAGUUCAUGCAGAGCUAGGAAGACAUUUGUCGGUAAACAGUAGCUGUAUUUGUAGAAUUAGCUGUUAUAUUGGGAAAAGGUGAAGAUGCUAGUCCUUACAGACAAUACGUUAAAACCAAAAUGGACAUAACUUGGAUUUUCUUUACUUUGUCGGAGUUCAUACGAUACGAUUGUAUUAGAAAUGACCAUGACAGUUCCUUUGCCGGGGAUAGGACGCUUCAUUGAAAUACAGCUGUUCUGUGACCAAAAGGAGACAGGCGGAAAGUCCACAGCCUGAGUAGCAGAGGUCUUCGUUGUGGAGCAUUUUGGAAGGGAACCAGUUGCAUGCUAAAAGCUACACACUUGGGAAAAGAAACAUUAAGGCAAGGUGGAGAUGUUUGCCAAACUGAAAAAAAAGAUUGCUGAGGAGGCUGCCACAGCCCCCCGGACGGGAGUACGUAUGCCUCGCUCCUACAGCAAAGAAUCCAUUACGUCUGCAGGGGCAGACUCUGGGGACGAUUUUGCCUCUGAUGGCAGCAGCUCCAGGGAUGACCUUUCCUCCCAGAUCCUCAGAAGGAAUGAUCAGAUCCGCAAGCUGGAGGCCAAACUGUCAGACUACGCUGAACAGCUCCGACUCAUGCAGAAGACCAAGGACAAGCUUGAAAUUGCAUUAGAAAAACACCAGGAUUCCUCCAUGAGGAAACUGCAGGACCAGAAUGAGACUCACCAGGCCAGUCGAGCCAGAAUGGCCGAAGACAUGGCUUUGGCCCUGGAAAAGAAGGAUCAGGAAUGGAAGGAAAGGAUGUCAAUACUAGAGCAGGAGAAGACGUCUCUGGCUCUGCGGUUGGAUGAGAUGCUGGAGCAGAGUCUCAGUCUGUUCCAGAAGAGGGACGAUCUGGAUGAGCUGGAGGGUUUCCAGCAGCAGGAGCUGGCCAAAGUCAAACACAUGUUACUGAGAAAAGAGGAGCAGCUGGGCCAGCGGGAGAGAGAGCUUCAGCAGAAGGAGGCCGAGCUGCACACGACCAAGAAGGAUCUGGCUGAAGCCCAAGGGAAGCUGUGGAAUCUGGGAGUGGAGCACAAGGAACAGUGCAGGAUCAACACGGAGCUGGAGAUCGAAAGAGAGGAGCUGCUGGAGGUCCGGGAGGAGGCUGAGAAGAAGAUCACUGAACUGGAGGAGAGAGGCCAGAACCUGCAGAAAGUUAUCGAACAGGUGUCAGGGGACUUUCAGAAGUCACGUCGUGUGGCAGCGGGUGUGGAGAAGUCCCUCCGGUCCCUACAGACGGAGCACAACGCCCUGAAGCUUCAGCAACACAAGGCGGCAGUAACUGACGAGGACAAGGAGCGGGUCCUGCUCGACCUGCAGGAGAAGGUCUCCUCUCUGGAGAGGCGCCUGCGGGGCAACCUGAGCGAAGACGAGCUUCUCCGGGAGCUGCUCAACGAGAAGUCCGCCCUUGAGCAGAAGCUGGAGGACACAAGAGCAGGGCUGCUGGAGGCCCGGACGAACCAUGCAGACACGGUCAGCUCUCUGGAGGCUCAGAUAUCCCGACUCAACAACAGUGUCACAGAACUACAGACCCUGUUGCGACACAAAGACGACUCUUCGAAGAACUACAAGCAGAGAACUGAUGCACAGAUUGCAGGUCUGGAACAGCAGGUGCUGGAGAGCAGCGAGAGGCUCAAGAGCACUGAGCAGCAAAUCACUGACCAACAGGCGCACCUGGACAAACUGCAGGUAGAGUGGAGUGUGGAGAGGGACCGGCUGCAGCAGCAGGUGUCUGCAGAACAGCUGCAGGGCCAGGAGAGGGCAGGCCAGCUGCAGGAGCAGAUCACUGCGCUACAGAGAGACAGACACACAGAGCACACCUCUGCCCAAACCAGGAUUAGUGAGUUGGAGGAGGAGAGAGCAUCUUUGCUGAGAGGGAGAGAUGAAGCUGACAUGGCUCUGAGGAGACGGACAGAAAAACUGGAGCAAGCCAGGUCGGAGCUGAGCAGCAGACAGACAGUGAGUGUGGAGAUAGCCAUGGCCCUGGAGGACACCAGGAGACAGAAGGAGGAGCUCCAACUACAGGUAGGGGAGAUCACGGCGUCACUACAGUCAGCAUCGCACAGACUGGCCCUCGUCACGGAGCAGCUGAAGCAGAGGGAGGAGGAACUUGGAACACUUCGCAAUGAGCUGCAGAGUGCUCGGAACACCCGGUCCCAGAUCCAGGAGGAGGUGGAGAGGCUGCGGCUGAUGGCCCAGGAGAGACAGGAGGAGAAAGACAGCCAGCUGGUCAGCCUGAGGCAGGAGCUCCUCACCCAAACCGAACAGCUGGACUCCUGCCAGUCACGGGUAUCAGAGCUGGAGGUGGAGGUGGAGACCCUGACGUUGCAACUUCAGGCACCAGAGGUUUGUGAAACGGAUCAGAACGGGAGCGUGACCGUGGAUGACCUGGACCACAUGCAGAAGGCCAACAGAGACUUGGAGCAGCAGCUCAGUGACAAGAACAAGACCAUUAAGCAGCUGCAACAGAGGCUAGCAGAGCUAAAGAGGACCUUGCAGAAAGAGCUGAAGCUGAAACCUGAAACCGAGUCCGAGGGGAAGGAGAGGGUCCAAGAUGGGAGAGGGGAGAGGCAGGAGAGGCCAGACAGAAUCUUUCCAGAGCCCACACCACCCCCAGGUCCAGCACCAGGCCCGAACACCACUGUCACCAACACGUCUGACCUCAAUGACUCACGAGAAAUCAACUUUGAGUACCUCAAACACGUGGUGCUGAAAUUCAUGUCUUCUAGAGAGGCUGAGGCCUUCCAGCUGAUCAAAGCGGUGUCCGUAUUGCUGAACUUCAGUCGUGAAGAAGAGGACAUGUUGAAACAGACUCUAGAAUACAAGAUGUCUUGGUUUGGAUCGAAGCCUUCUCCAAAGGGUAUUGUUCGGCCGUCUGUCUCGGGGGCACCUACUCACUGGAGCUGAGGGAAGAGACGAGAAGACGACAGAGACACACACACGUGACUUCUAUCCUGCCCUUGCAUGACAUCUCCCAUCACUGUGGUAAACAACUGAACAUUGUGAAGAGGACACUACCUGAGCUUUAAAACUGUUUCUCACACGACUCAGAGUCCUAUGUAGCUCCAAUCUUUCCUGAGAAGGACUUUUCUCUGCUAUUUCUUCUUUUUGAUGUGAUUUUUAUUUACAAACAAAACAGUGAAAGCAGACAUGAGGUUUAUCCAUUGAUAAAUAUUAACCUUAGGAGUCCCUUGUCCCUCUGGGAAUCCAGUUAACAUGAGAUCUGUGAUUGAAACAGUCCACGUGUGUGUUAAAAGAGAAUGUAAUGUAAGUCUAUGUGCUCCAAUGUCUCUUUUUUUCCCAUAUAUUCAGACAGAGAAAACGGUAUUUACUGCCAAUCACUACCUAUGGUCUAUGCUUGGGAAAGAGAUUUAGUUGGAUUGUGAGUGCAUGAUAAUUAUAACCGUGUUAAUACUACCACCCUAAUCAACCCCUCUUCAGGUGAAUGGAACCUCCCAAGAUUUCUGAAGGACCCUUCAAAACAGUCUUUCAUUUGGUUCUUUCCUAUAACAAUAUUAACUCGAGGGCUUAUGUAGGAAAAUCCCUUGUUAAAAUGAGAACUUGAGGCAGGUUUGCUGUUCUCUUAAAGGGGAAUGAUAACCAUGAAUCAGUGGCUUUGAUGUUGAUGGAUUUUCUUUUUUAAAUGUUAUGUAAAGACAGAAGUGACUCUUAAUAUAAUGUGAAAUAAGUACAUAAUUAUUGAAAGGUAUCUAAAUAAGAAUUUUCUGAGGAUGUGCUCUACCUUGAACUGCCUUGCGUUUGUGUAAAUGAAAAGUACAUUCCAUAUGUCUAUUUAUAUAUGAAAACUGUACAUAUGCUUUGAGAACUUUAUAAAUCAGUGGAUGUAAGUGAUUUUGUUUGAUGUUGCAGUAUUUUACACCUUAUCAA